AUGCCUUAUACACGGCCUGCUGCUGCUGCUGCUGCUGCUGCUGCUGCUGCUGCUACUGAUCCUGCUGCUGCUGCUGCUGCUGCUGAAAUAGAAGCAGAAACAGCAGCAGCCAAACAAUUCCAAGCUCCUAUUGCUGCUGUCUUGCUGCUGCUCGUCGCCAUCACUGCAGCAGGAGUAUUCAGGCCUUCGCUCUUCUCUUUCCUCUUGCCCCCAGACCUCAGCAGCAGCAGCAGCAGCAGCAGCAGCAGCAGAGCAGGAGCAGCAGCAGCAGAAGCAGCAGCAAGGCAGCAGCACAACACAAGCGCAUGCAAGGCGCAUCAGCCAUGCCGCAGCAACUGCAGCAGCUGCAGCAGCUGCAGCAGCUGCAGCACCCUGCAAUGCAGCAGCAGCUGGGGGAUUAUAGGAGCUGUAGAACAACCAGCAGCAGCAGCAGCAGCAGCAACGACAGCACAAACAGCAGCAGCAACAGCAGCAGCUGCAGCAACAGCCCCCAAACCCUCACCUGCGACCUACCCACGCAGGCUUCGGAGCUGCAGUGACACCCCAAGCUGCAGCAGCAAACUGCAGCAGCAAACUGCAGCAGCAGCAGCAGCAGCAGCAGCAGCGACUUACAGCAACAGCAACAGCAGCGCAGCAACAGCAGCAAAUUUCUUCAGGUUAUGCACCGCAGCAGCAGCUGCAGCAGCAGCAACAGCAGCAGCAGCAGCGGCAGCAGCAACAGUUUGUUUAGCAUCGUUGAACCUACAGCAGCCACAGCUGGCUGCAGCAGCAAGAGCUGCAGCAGCAGCAGCAGCAGCAGCAGCAAAGCUGCUGAUUUGGCUGCUCUUGUGUGGAAGGUCUUCCUACAGGUUCAUGCAUGCGCGCAACAGCAGCAGCAACGGCUGCAGCACCAGCAGCAAGCCGUCAAGCACAGCAGCAACACCAGCAGCAGCAGCAGCAGCAGCAGCAACAGCUGCAGCAGCAGCUGCAGCAGCAGCAGCAGCGCAGCAGCAAGGAUGUUUGUAG